AUGUCUCGACGCGUUUCGGCGGUCUGCAUCGGCCGCGCUCGCUGUCGACAGUGGUCUGCACAAGAUCGGUGAGCGCCGAGCUCAAUUCCGGUCCGUUCGGGCUGAAUUUCUCAGCGCAGGCAGAGCGAACGCGGCCGUCCAGCCGCUGAAGUUUUCAAGACAAGCGGGCCAACGGCUGGCCCUGCGCUCGCCGAUCUCUGGUGCGCGAAACUCGGGGCGGGUCGGCCGCGUUCUCACGCGUCCGGCCCAGGACCUUCAGGAUGAGACGGGGCAAUAUGCCCCUCUAUCCCCAGCGAGUUUCACGCGGGACGACUGCGGGCUUGGGUCAGCGCUGCCCGGCCAGGACUUUCCGCGGCCAGCGACGUUCCGCUGCCCUCGAACGAAAAAGGAUUCUGGUCCUCCAGGGGCGGCGUACACGUCAAGAGAGACUCGCGAGACACAUCCUAGAUGCUCUCGAUCCGUCUCCGCGGGCUAUGUACUCCGCGUUCGCUGUGGACCGCGUUGUGCACACGAUCGACAGCGUUGGCUUGCUUCUUCAACUUCUCAAACGCCGAACCAGCUCUCGCACAAGUCAAGCCCGACUACGCGCUUAUUGCCGCGGGAGGUGUGGGGAUGUCGUCUCAUUCCCGCAAAUGCAACGAGGUGGCCACAGCGCUGUCGUCAAAGCCAAUCCCCGAAGUACUUCCUUUACCGCGGCCCUUGACGAAGCUGGCACGGUGGCGAUACUGCCGGGCUGGCUCGUAGUCGGCACCGCCGUCUCCCCGCGGUGUUGUUGCACGCGGUAA